AUGACUACUCCAAAGUUGUUAUAUACUUUGGAGCAACCUCAUGGCAUGGGAGAGUUAUAUUUUUUAUGGCAAAAGGGAGAAUCUCGCUCUUUUCUUGCAACUACUGGUACUGAUGCAACAGUGGCUAUACAUGACCGUUCUGGUAAAUUAUUGGAAAGACUGAAAUUGCAAGGACUAUGUGCUGGUAUGCAAUGGGACAAUGAUGGUGAUUAUUUGGCUGUGAUAACUCCAAACAGCAAUGCAGUGUUACUGUGGGAGUGUCAUGCAAAUAAACGGGUGAAUAUUGAAACUGGCUUGCGUGAACCUCCAUCUUGCCUUGCUUGGUCCUUUGGAGAGCCGCUUCUGGCUGUUGGAACACAGAAAGGAAAUCUGGCAUUAUAUAACCAUCAUACCACAAAGAGAAUACCAAUAAUAGGUAAACAUACGAAAAAAAUUACUUGUGCUGCUUGGAACAGAGACAGUAUAUUAGUUCUAGCUUCAGAAGACAAAAGUCUAUCUAUAAAUAAUUCUGAUGGAGAUACACUAAGAAUGAUCACUCUAAGGGAUAUGCCAAAUGAUUUGCAGUUUUCUGAGAUGAAAAUGGAUGAGAGGGUAGCAGGCGAAAAUACAAUUAGUCUAAUAGUCGGGAAGCGAACGCUGUACCUAUAUAAUCUACUGAACCCUGAGAACCCAAUAGAGCUCGCAUUUCAACAGCGGUACGGUUCAAUAGUUUCGUACAAAUGGUAUGGUGACGGAUACAUACUUAUCGGGUUCAGCGCCGGUUACAUUAUAGCUAUUUCGACGCAUCUGAAGGAAGUUGGGGAGGAGCUAUUUCAAGUCAAAAAUCAUAAGGAAAAUCUCACCGAUGUUGCCGUUUUUGGUAGUCAAGCAGUUUCUUGCGGUGAUGGGCAGUUAAAACUGAUAUCGGUAUGGAACAACGGGGAAGUGUCGGGUUCGGUGAUACCACCAGGUGGUGCUGAGCGAUGCGCUUGGAGCAGUGAUGGUAGAUUGCUGGCCACCGCGGGCCGUGCCUACCUCAACGUGUACGUGACCACACUGCCGCCGCUAUACGCCGUGUACGGCACAAGAGCGGUCACACUGACCAACCUCACUGAACUCACAGUGUAUCAGUGCAUCGCCGUUGGCGACGAGCCAGAAUCUGGCAAUAAAUCGGAGCCGAUGGCUUUGGCCACGUACACUUUGGGCACGGAGCCCACGGCCAUAGCGCUGGGCGGCGGCCACGUGUGCUGCGUGAGCGGGGUGCAGGCGUGGUUCUACCCGCUGGGCGGCGGGCCGGCCGCGCGCCGCCAGUACCCGGCCGCCGUGCAGGCGCUGCGGAUGUCCGGCGACUACGCCGCCGCGCUGUUCCAGGGUCGCGCCAUGUUGCACUCUAUCGAACAACCGGACCCGUCGCAACCGGAACGUGACGCAAUGCUCUUCCCCGAGCCGCAUAUGCAAGGCGCCAAGAUAGUUGAUAUUCAUUUGACUGGCGAUUUCUUUAUUUUCGUCACUGACCAAGGUCACAUAGAAUAUUUUGGCGUGGAGGAGUGGCGGACGUCUGUGCGCUACAAGCACAGUUGCGGAGUGAGCGGCGUCUACUGCGAUAUAAGCGGCGCGCGGUCUUGUGUGCUGGACCAGCGCGGCCGCGCGCACGUGCACUCGCCCGCCGCCGGCCAGCUGUGCGCCGUGCAGCGCGCCACGCCCGCGCACGUCAAAGGCGUGAUUUGGGAUAUCUGCCUAUCGGAAAGAAAUGUUUUCGCGAUGUAUACGGAUGAAUCUAUCGAAACCUAUUACUUCGCUGCCACUUCCACCGAUGGUUCACAUGUAGACUUUGUGGCUUCUACCAGUAUUUUACCCGAUCAUAUACCGCUAAUAUUGUUCUCGGGGGAAACCUAUUGUUACGCAAGUGGCGGAGCUGUUACUAAAGUGGCGCUCGAAUCGCACAACACGAGUGGCCUUGCCGAUGUCGACACGGAGAAGCGUCUCGUAAACCAGAGAAAACACGUAGACAAGCUAUUGCUCCUCAGGAGGUUCAGCGAGGCCUGGCUCUUUUGUGAUGCAGUCGACGAACCCGACCUGUGGAGGAAGAUGGGCGAAGCGGCCAUCGCGGAUCUGAAUGUGGAGUUUGCAAUUCGUGUUUACACACGACUCAAUGACGUCGCUAUGGUCUGGGCUCUAGAAGAUGCAUCACAUAUAGAGGAACUUCCUAUUCUGUGCGGCACGCUGUGCGCGUGCCUGGGCAGGUCGGAGGCGGGCGCGCGGUGGCUCGAGGGCGGCGGCGGGGCGAGGGGCGCGGCGCGCGCGAUUGACCUUCACGCCGCGUGCGGGGACUGGCAGCGCGCCGCGCGCCUGGCGCAGGCCGCCUGCCCGCCGCGCGCGCCCGCGCUGCACCGCCACCGCGCGCACCACCUCGAGCUCACAGCCGAAUAUCACGAAGCACUCGCUAAUUAUGAAAAGAGCAUCAUCACUGAAAAUAUAGAUGAUAUAAAAGUGAAAGAACACAACGCUAAAUGCGAAGCAGGUAUCGCUAGGACGUCUAUACGUUGUGGGGACAUCAUGCGGGGCGUCACCACAGCUAUGAAGUAUUCACACGAUAUUGACUUGUUGAAGGAAUGCGCUCAAUUGCUUGAGGAGGAGAAGCAUUACAGCCACGCUGCCGCCUUAUACGACCACGCUGGGAACACAGAAAAAGCCGCUUCGUUGUACAUAAAAUUAAAAUCUUGGUUAAAAGUUGAGACACUAUUACCAAAAAUAAAUUCACCGAGCAUUCACUUACAAUACGCUAAAGCUAAAGAAGCCGAAGGUAGAUACAGUGAUGCUUUAAAAUCGUAUCUCAAAGCGCAGGAUUAUGAAGCCGCGAUAAGACUUAAUUUGGAGAAACUAGACGAUAUAGACGAAGCCGUCAAUCUAGUUCAAGAGACGAAGUCAAUUCAGGGAGCGAAAAUGGUGGCUAAUUAUUUCCAGAAUAAUGACGAUCCGACAUCGGCAAUAAAGUUCCUUGUGAUGUCGCUAUGUUAUGAUGAAGCGUUUCAACUGGCGCGGAAGAACGGCAAGUUACAAUUGUAUGGAGAAAUAUUGAUACAGACUUCGAACGCGAGAUCGGAGGACUUCAGAAGUCUCGCUCUACACUUCGAAGGCGAAAAGAACCAUUUGCUAGCAGGCAAAUUCUAUUUUCACGCUGGUGAAUAUAACAAAGCUAUGACACAUUUAUUGAAGACUGGUGGAACUGAGCAGGAGGAGAAUGAAGGAAUUAGUAUCGCUAUAGAUGCGGCUGCGGCAAGUGAUGAUGAGCGAUUAAGUAGAAGGUUAAUAGAGUUCUUGUUGGGAGAAACAGAUGGAACUCCGAGGGAUCCUCGACACUUAUUUCGAUUGUACAUGGCCAAACGGCAGUAUACCGAAGCGGCAAAAACUGCGGUGAUAAUAGGCAACGCUGAGUGCCGCGCGGGGCGGUACCGCGAGGCGCGCGACGUGGCGCGCGGCGUGUGCGCGGCGCUGCGGGCGCGCGCGGCGCCCGUGCCGCGCGACCUGCGCCGCGCCGCCGCGCUGCUGCACUCCUACAUACUGGUGAGAAUGCACGUAAAACGGGGUCGGCACGAUCUCGCGGCCCGUUUACUUCUUCGUACCGCCGCUGAGGUCUCGUUCUUCCCUACACAACAACUAUCAAUCCUGACAUCGACGGUGAUCGAGUGCAGUCGCGCCGGCUUGAAGCACCAAGCACACCAUUGGGCCAAAGUGCUAAUGCAGCCCGAAUAUCGUUCGCAGAUAGACCCUAAAUAUGUGAAGAAGAUCGAGUCGGCAGUGCGUCACUUGCCGCGCGACACCGCCGCGCCAGAGCCGGCGGCGCCGUGCGCGCAGUGCGGCGCCGCGCUGCCGCUCGCACAGCUGCGCUGCUCGCACUGCGAGGCCGACCUGCCCUUCUGCCUCGCCACGGGUAUGCACAUAGUGAAGGGAGAUUUAACGGCGUGUCCAGAGUGCGAUUUCCCUGCGAUAUACUCAGAAUUCGUCGAAAUUCUUCGUGAUGAAGGUAAAUGUCCAAUGUGCGGCGAGAGCGUCGAUUACAAGCGUCUGACCAAAAUCGACGAUGUGUCCUUAUACCUCGAUCAUAACACAAAAGAUUAA